GUGUAUUUUAUUAAUAUCCUAACUCUCCUAGUACCAGUAUUAAUCGCCAUAGCAUUCCUCACCCUAGUGGAACGGAAAAUCUUAGGCUACAUACAACUACGAAAAGGACCAAACAUUGUAGGACCAUACGGCAUCCUACAACCAUUCGCAGACGCAAUAAAACUAUUCAUCAAAGAACCCCUGCGACCUUUAGCUACCUCUACUACCCUAUUUAUCAUUGCCCCCACCCUUUCCCUUAGUCUAGCCCUAAGUCUAUGAAUUCCACUCCCCAUACCACACCCCCUAGUAAACCUAAACCUAGGAGUCCUAUUUAUCCUAGCCACAUCAAGCCUAUCAGUGUACUCAAUCCUGUGAUCAGGAUGAGCAUCCAACUCUAAAUACUCCAUAUUCGGAGCCCUACGAGCAGUAGCACAAACAAUUUCAUACGAAGUAACAAUAGCAAUCAUUCUCUUAUCCGUACUUUUAAUAAACGGCUCUUUCUCUAUCCAAACCCUUAUCUAUACCCAAGAACCAAUAUGACUUCUAAUCCCAGCCUGACCACUAGCCAUGAUAUGAUUUAUCUCAACUCUAGCAGAGACAAACCGAGCCCCCUUUGACCUAACAGAAGGAGAAUCAGAGCUAGUCUCAGGAUUCAACGUCGAAUACGCCGCCGGACCAUUCGCACUAUUCUUCAUAGCCGAAUACAUAAACAUUAUUCUCAUAAAUGCUUUAUCAACAAUCGUAUUUUUAGGCCCAUUCCACGACCUAUACGACCCCGAACUCUACACCACAAACUUCAUAUUAAAAACCCUACUCUUAACUACCCUGUUCCUAUGAGUCCGAGCCUCCUACCCACGAUUCCGAUACGACCAACUAAUACACCUCCUAUGAAAAAAUUUCCUUCCUCUAACAUUAGCCUUCUGCAUAUGACACAUCUCAAUCCCAAUCUUCAUAGCAAGUAUUCCACCCUACACCU